AUCUAGCUAGUCCAAACAGGAGAGGGGAAGAGAAAGAGAAGGUCCAGGCCAUGGUCUAGGCGUCUAGCUAGCUGCCUGCCUCUAUAUAAGGCCAUGGCAAGAAGAAAGGGUUGGAACUUGGAAGGCUAGAGAAGCUAGAGAGAGGGGGAGAGCAAGAGACGUUUGCCUUGCUCCAAGGAGAGAUAGCUUGUCUUCUGUGAAAGGAGACCGAGAUGAUUAAGGGAGACCAGAGGCAGCUCGGCGGCCAUGAAGAACAGCUAAAAGAUCAGAUGAGAGAUGAUCAUCAGGCCUCAGAUGGCAAUUUUUUCAAGUUCUUGCAAAACCAGUCAAGCAUAAAAAAAGAGGCUCAAGAAGACAAGAUUGCGUCCACAAGGGCAGAGAUGGGCGAAGUGAGUAAAGAGAACGAGAGGCUGAAGAUGAUGCUAUCACGGAUGGUGGAGGACCAUCGCUCCCUUCAGAAGCAAUUCGACGUUCUCCACCAGCAAGGGCAAGGCAAGAACCUUGCCGUUGGCUCACCGGAGCAUACAUCACCGGUCGACGGCCCCGGGUUCGUCUCUUUGCGCCUUGGAACGAGCGCCGGCAUGAGCAGGCAGAACAUGGAAGAACAGAUCAAGGGCAGCACUGGAGGAGUGGAGGCCGAUGAGGAGGUGGCCCAGCAGCCACUGGCCAAGAAGGCCAGGGUGUCGGUGAGGGCAAGGUGUGACACACCAACGAUGAACGAUGGGUGCCAGUGGAGGAAGUACGGGCAGAAGAUAUCCAAGGGCAACCCAUGCCCGCGUGCCUACUACCGCUGCACUGUCGCAACAGGGUGCCCCGUCAGGAAGCAGGUGCAGAGAUGCGCGGAGGACAUGUCGAUCCUGAUCACCACCUACGAGGGUGCGCACAACCACCCACUCUCCGCCUCCGCAACCGCCAUGGCCUCCACCACCUCCGCUGCCGCGUCCAUGCUCAUGUCAGGCUCCUCCACCUCGUUUGGCUUUCCCUCUGCCACUGCCGCCACCAGCCUCCAUGGCCUCAGGUUCGGCCUCCCAGCAACGGCCAUGGACGCCUCCUCCAACCAGCUGGGCGGCCGACCGUUCUUCCUCCCGACCGCCGCGGGCACGUCCAUCAGCGCUACCCCGUCAUACCCCACCAUCACCCUCGACCUCACCUCGCAGGCCGCCUCGCAACACGCCUUCUCCCUGAGCAAUUGCAACAAGUUCUCUUCCAGCUUCACCGGCUCUCAUGGCCACAACAGUAGCACUAGUAGGUACCCUUCCACGAGCUUCUCCUUCUCUAGCUUCGACGCGAGCAGCCUACCUGGCUCCACCACAUGGCCAUCAGGUGUUGGAUCACACCUGGGCUACGGAUCCUCAUCCGGCGCGUCCUACAACGGCCCCAACAAGGGCACAUUCGAAGCUGCACUUAGCAGCAUCCAUGGAAGGCAACAAGGCUCGGUGGCAUCGCUCUACCAGCCGGUGCAUGUGCAACAGAGGGUGGCUGAGUUGAGAAGUGGUGGCACGGGCAUGGCGGCGCCGACUGUGCUCACUGAUACGAUCGCCAAGGCGAUUACGUCGAACCCGGGCUUCCACACAGCGCUCACAGCUGCCAUCACAUCAUACGUCGGCAAGUCGGCAGCAGGAGGCGGGAAGGGGCUCGAGUGGGGGGACCACCUCGGGCUCGGGCCGUCGAGUGCAGCAACUGCGGUGUGCUCGUCAGCGCUUCUGGCACGGUCGUCUUCAACGGCAGCCGCACAGAACGGUUCUCCAAAUGGCAAGAUGAGGUUGGAGCCGUCACUGGCGCUGUCAAGCUCCACAAGUGCUACUGCUUCGACGUCUCGGGUGUGAAGAUCAUGGAGCAGAUCAAUUCGUUAGAUGAAGCUUAUGACUUAUGUUUGUGGAUUAAUUUGAUCAUUUAGUGUACAUAUAUGCUCACUGUAGCAUAAUUGCUGAAAAUGUGUGGAUUGAUUCAUCAUUCACAGCCUAGACACACACCAAGAUUUUGUGUUUGUGACAAGCUA